AUGCCAAGGUUGAAACAACUUUGGUCUACAUUACAGCAAUGUGCUUCAUCAUAUCAAUCACUCGAACAGAAUCAUUCAGAGAUCACCAGUCACUUUGAACAGUUGAUCAAGGUGAUCAUCGCUCAAGAGCACAAAGCAAAGAAACCCAUCAUCGAACAGAUGGAGAACAUUCAAUCAACAAUCAAUAACAUCAUCAAGGAGAUCAAUGAUAUCAAUCAAAUCAUUGACCCAUCAUCGUCAUCUUCUGCCUCAUCACUUGGCGACCUCAACAACAACAAUAAUAAUAAUGAUCAAGCAGCUGUAUCACAAGUGAUAUCAUCAAUCACAUCAUGUUCAUCAAUCGAGCAGUUCAUUAAUAGUACAUUGGUAUCAUCACAGACCCAGACUGAGACAGAGAUGAGUGACAACGACGAUGCCCACAUGAUCGUGACAAAUGAUGAUAUCACUCAGUUGUCAAUGAUCAGGAAUCAUUCAAAGUACAUUGAUCAAGGAGGAUAUCCUUUGCCAUCAAAGGUGGAAGCAUGUCUGGUCACGGCCAAUGUCAUCAAGCUGGGUGACAUCAAGAAACAGAUUGGAGCAUGCUUCAGGGAUGUGGCCUUCUCUCAAAUAUUCUCAAUGCGUAACAAGUCUCUGUCAGUGCUCUCAUUGGAAUCAUCGAGAUGGACACAUAGAGAUACCCUCCUGCCCCUUACACAUAUAGCCUCAUCAGUAGUCCAUGCGGGCAAUUAUAUCUAUGUGUUUGGAGGAAAGGAAACACCAAAAAGUUACCUAAGAUACUCCCUGGAUGCCAACAUGCAACUUUAUACUGGCGUCAUCGAUGGAGUUGAUGGAGGCCGCGCCAUCUCAGCUUGUUAUGAUGGUGAUAAGCUCAUAUAUCUUGUCGGUGGUUCAGAUGAUGACAAAUUCCUCAACAGAGUUGAUUGCUUCGACAUUUCCACUCAGCAGUUCAAGAAGGUUGGCCAGCUCCCUCUUGGUAUGGGCUUUGCCCGCGUCCAUUACCAUCGCGAGACAUUACUUGUCAUUGGAGGAGAGACACAGUCACUGAAAGGCAACAGAGAUAUAAUCUCGUUCAACGUAAACACGAGACUCAGCAAAGUGAUAAUCAAAGACAUACUGAAUGACUACCUGGAUCAAAGUUGCUAUAAUGGUCGCGACAACAUUUAUUUGUUGACAAAGAGCUAUGCACUCACCAAGUUCACUCUAUCAAACAAACAAACAACUAGCCUUCAGUGUCCAUUAAAGCUUUUACAAUGUCCAUUAAUAUAUGAUCGAUAUACCGAUAUCAUUUACAGACUAGGUGGAAAAGGCAAGAACUACUCCUAUUCAACACAAGAUGACCUCUGGAGAUUACUCGAUGACGAUGACACGAUAGACGAUCGAUCAUGCUUUGGAUCAUGUUUGUUUGAGCGCAAUACCAACUCAUAG